AUGGCGGCACACAACAGUCGCGAUGUCGUCCCUGGGACCAUCCAUCUCGUCGAUACGGAUGCGGCAGACCAUUCGCACAGACAUGAUAUCGUGCUGAACCCGCGUCCCAGCUCGGACCCAGAAGAUCCUCUGAACUGGUCCAAGACACGCAAAGCCAUCGCCAUUACCAUGGCGUACAUAUACAUCCUGGGGAUAGGCAUGUCGACCACCGUGCAGUAUUCGAUCUUGACCAAUAUCGGCGAAGAGACCAAUAUUAGCAUAGGAGAUAUCAAUACUGGCACAGGAUUGAUGUUCUUGUUCGCUGGUUGGGGUUGUCUGAUCUGGCAGCCUAUCGCACUCACAUAUGGUCGUCGUGGGGUCUACAUCCUCAGCAGUCUGAUCGCCCUUGGACCCAUGGUCUGGACCGUGUACACUUCCUCGCGAAGUAUUUGGUGGGCACAUCGCAGUCUUUUGGGUCUGAUCGUUGCACCGGUCGAGUCGCUCGGUGAGAUCUCCGUUUCGGACUUGUUCUUUGCCCACGAGCGUGGAAAUUACAUGGGAAUCUACACCCUGCUCGUGUUCGGAUCCAACGCUUUCGCACCAUUCUUGGCGGGUUUCAUCACCGACGCCAUGGGAUGGGAAGCGGCCAUUUGGUUUGGUACAAUCGUCCUCGGUGUCUGUCUUGUCAUCAUCUUCUUUGGCCUCGAAGAGACCAUGUACUUCCGCCACACAAUCGAAGGUGUUGACGAAGGAGCUGCUGUCGAGGUCAUCAAGGGCACUGAAAACUUGGACGAAAAGUCUGCUGCCCUGUCCACAAAUGCGCCGAUUCCUCAGACAGCGUCACCACCAGCUGAAGUGAGCUACUCUCAAAAGCGCACCUACUUGCAAAAACUUCAACUAUUCCGACUCGACACGGGCCGGCCAUCCGUCAAACAGAUGUUCAUCAUGAUGAUCCGACCACUGUUUAUGUUCUUUUACUUCCCCAACGUCGUGUGGGCGGGCUUUCUGUACGGUGCAUCGUUGUGUUGGUAUAACGUGCAAAACGCAACCAUGGCAUUGAUCCUCAAUGCACCCCCAUACAACUUUUCCGCGCAGUCAGUCGGCAUUUCCUACCUCUCAUUGCUCAUCGGAUGCAUUGUUGCAUGGUGGUGGGCUGGCUGGGCUGGCGACGAGAUCGCCAUCAGACUGGCCAGACGGAACCGUGGUAUUCGUGAGCCCGAACACCGGCUGUGGCUCUUGUUGUUCUCUGGUACACUUGCCACCGCAGGAUUAAUCCUGUGGGGCGUUGGUGCUGCACACCAGACUCAUUUCAUGGGUCUUAUCAUCGGUCUUGGAAUGACGAGCUUCGGAAUCGUAUCUGGAGGGAGUACUGCGCUUGCGUACGACGUCGAUUGCUUCAAGGAGAUCGCCGGCGAAUCUGUGGUUCUUGUCAUUGUCAUUCGCAACACUAUGGGCUUUGCCAUGAGUUAUGGUAUCACCCCAUGGUUGGUGAAUACUGGGACACAGAACUGCUUCAUUGCGGUUGCUUUCCUCUGCCUCUUCUGCAAUUUUAGCUUUUUGUUCAUGACAGUCUGGGGCAAGAGGCUGCGUCGACUUUCCGCAAAGAAGUACUGGGAGUAUGUCGACACUCUGAUUGUUGCAGCGCACUGA